AUGGCCCAAGCUAUCCCGCUACAUCAGCACUCAACACUCAACCCAUCGCAAAAAUUAGCCUCUGUCAAUGAGGAGUCCUGGCUCCAAGUCGGCAAGGUGGCCGAAAUGAUGAAUGAGCUGGAUCGCGCUGUCAUUGCCUAUGAGUCCGCGUUGCGGCACAACCCUUACUCCAUCCCGGCUAUGAACCAAAUCGCUGCGAUUUUGCGAGCGCGCGAACAGUUUCCAAGGGCUGUCGAAUUUUACCAGUCUAUUCUGAACCUAGAUCAGAACAAUGGCGAGGUGUGGGGAGCUCUAGGUCAUUGCUAUCUCAUGAUGGAUGACUUGCAAAAAGCAUACUCUGCAUACCAGCAGGCCCUCUACCACCUGCAGAAUCCAAAAGAACCCAAGCUCUGGUACGGGAUCGGUAUUCUCUACGACCGCUACGGCAGCCUUGAGCACGCUGAAGAAGCCUUCAGUCAAGUCAUGCGCAUGGACCCUGGCUUUGAAAAGGCGAAUGAAAUCUACUUCAGGCUCGGCAUCAUCUACAAGCAGCAGCAUAAAUAUGCCGAGUCGCUCGCUUGCUUCCGGUACAUCAUUGCGAGUCCACCAAAACCACUCACAGAGGUGGAUGUCUGGUUCCAGAUUGGCCAUGUGUAUGAACAACAAAAGGAGUACGGAAAGGCAAAAGAAGCGUAUGAACGUGUAUUGAGCGAAAGCCCAGAUCACGCUAAAGUGCUACAGCAGCUCGGCUGGCUCUACCACCAGCAAAGCUCGACCUUUGCCAACCAGGAUUUGGCCAUUUCAUACUUGACCAAGUCCCUUGAAUCGGAUGGUCAAGACGCGCAAAGCUGGUACCUGCUCGGUAGAUGCUACAUGGCUCAGCAAAAAUACAACAAGGCUUAUGAAGCCUAUCAACAAGCCGUGUACCGAGACGGUCGCAACCCGACAUUCUGGUGCUCCAUUGGUGUGCUAUACUACCAAAUCAACCAAUACAGAGAUGCCUUGGAUGCCUAUUCUCGUGCUAUCCGACUCAAUCCAUACAUCUCUGAGGUUUGGUACGAUCUCGGUACCCUCUAUGAGUCUUGCAACAACCAAGUCAGUGAUGCGCUUGACGCCUAUUCACGCGCUGCAGAGCUGGAUCCAGGAAAUCCACACAUCAAGGCACGUCUCGAGUUGUUGAGGAGUGGCCAGUCCAGUGGAGCCAGGCCAGGCCAAGCAGCUGCACCAUUGCCGCAAGAUGUGAAUCCGAAUGCCUACCAAAACACACCACAAGGGCCACCCACACAAUGGGGUGGUCAUCCUGCUGGUGGUCCUGGUGGACCACAACAACCAGGUGCACCGCCUGGUCAUCCUGGACAAGGCCCACCACCGCCGCAUCAUGCACCUGCACCAUUACAACAGCCACCUAUGCACCAGCAACAAGCCCCACCAGCGCGUAGCGCCGCAACGAAUCAGCAGUAUGCAACGCAUCGCGAAAACUCCAUCAAAUCACCCGAACAAAGUAAACAUGCGUUGCAAACAAAUGGUCAUGGUCGUUCAGGUUCUGCUUCCAAGAGCUCUGCUACUAUGGCACAACCUCCUGCCGUUCAGCCUCAUCCGCCACAUGCAUCGUAUCAAGCGCAGUCUGCUCCUGUACAAGCGCCUCGAGCGGAAGAAACACGCCAAGCAGUUCCUACGCCGACAACGCAAACAACGGAUGGAAAUCUAGCGCCCAUGUUGGGCCGUACAAGUCCUGUUCAUGAAAUCAAGAGUCUCGAAACUGUUCGAGAUGGCAGCAAAUCUACCUCUCAACGCGGCUCUCCACGUCGCUCCAGUAAAGAUACAGCAGCGGCCACAGAAGCUUCAAAAGAAGCACACGAUGCAACGACAUUGAAGAGGCCGCAUUCUGUGAUGGCUGAUACGCAGCAGGGUGAGUCUGGACGUGAAUCAAAGAAGCUGGCUGCGCAAGUGUCGCCUGGCGCAAGUAAGUCGGGGACGCCUGUCCCGGAGACGUCGGCUGCUGUACCUGCGGCUAGUGCGGAGGUUUCUAAGAAUGCUGCAGCUGCACCUGCUGAAAAAGUUCCUUCGACAACGAGUAAAGCUGCGACGGAAAAGGUGGAGCAAAAGGACAAUGAUGCGGAUGAGGUCAAGGUGCCGACCCCUGGGGAUAUGCCUAGCCCAAAAGCUGAGAAUGUCAAGACUGGUGCAGUGUCGCCUAUAUCAUCGGAGAAGGCUCCAGGAAAGACCGAAGCCGUCGCUGCCCCUGCUGUAGCUGCUGCGGCUGCUGCAGCUGAGAAGGGCGAAAAGGAGUCGAGCGUUGAGCCUGCACAACGAAAAGUGCAAGUGGAUGAAAACUAUGACGAAGAGUAG